GUGGGGGGGGGUGCCUGUAGUCCCAGCUACUUGAGAGGCCGAGGCAAGAGAAUCACUUAAGGCCGAGUUUGAGGUUGCUGUGAGCUGUGAUGCCACACUUUACCUAGGGUGACAAAGUGAGACCCUGUGUCAAAAAAGUAAAAUAAAUAAAUAAAUAAAUUCAAAACGUGCGUCCACUUGGUAAUGUUACAUACAAAAUAAUACUAGAGUGCUCGCUUCGGCAGCACAUAUACUAAAAUUGGAACAAUACAGAGACGAUUAGCAUGGCCCCUGCGCAAAAUAAUACUAGAUAGAAAUACUAGAUAGAAUUCUGGAUAAGUCCAGAAUUCUAGUGAGAGAUUUUACCAUGUUUCUCAUAUAUUUUUUCUAAAAUAUGAAGGAAAUAAUACAGAUAUACAAAUUAAAAUGUGUAUACUGCCUAAUGCUAUUAUUCAGAAUUCUGUAUUUAGUAACUGAUAGAAAUCAGACAGUGCUUGUCUGGAGAAUUUGGGAAUGGACUUGGGGGGUGCAGAGAGCUUUCUUGGAGGUGAAUAUGUUCUGUAUCUUGUGCUUAUACAAGUAUAUGCAAUUGUCAGAACUCAUCUACUGAAUACUUCUGAUAUGUGCAUUUCAUUAUGUUUGUCAUGGUUCACUUUUUUAAAAAAAGGAAGAGCCUAUGAAGAUGCUACCAAACUAAAAACAUUUGGGGACCUGUUCAGCUUGAGGAUCCCCAGUUUGAGGCUGCUGAUAGAAAGUUCAAUUUACACUAGAACUGUAAUCAUUUUUGUGCCCCUGUGAAAUUUUCAGGGUUUUGCUUCUCUCAUUUGUAAAGUUGUGAGGGUGAAUUGAGUUCAUAAGUAGUGAACUGUGGAACAUUGAGUUUUUGGAUUUAUUUAUUUAUUUAUGUUUUGAGAGUCUCACUCUGUUGCUUUGGGUAGAAGACCGUGGCGUCAUAGCUUACAGCAAACUCAAACUCAUAGCUUAAGAGAUCCUCCUGCCUCAGCCUCCCAAGUAGCUAGGACUACAGGCACCCAUCACAACACUAGCUAUUUUUAGAGAUGGGGUCUUGCUCUUGCUCAGGUUGGUCUCGAACUCCUGAGCUCAAGCAGUCCACCCUCCUCGGCCUCCCAGAGUGCUGGGAUUAUAAGCAUGAGCCACUGCGCACGGCCAGAAUUUUUGUAUCAUUUGAAUAUCAUUCCAUAUAUCACUUUUUGGGCUUCUGUUCAGUGUUUGAUUUAUUAAAGAUUGUUGUGAAUUUUUGACAAAGAGUUAAUCUUUAAACAACAUAUGGAGUAAAUAUAAUAUGUAGCAUGGCAAAAAAGAUUAUAUAAACGUUUAUAUAAUCAGUAUACAUAAUUUAUAUUUAGACCCCAUUCACAGUUGAAAAGGGACAUUCAUGUAUCCAAGUUUUAAAAAAAAGAUUUCCAAUAACUAAAUAAAGUAUAAAUUUUUAAAUUUUAACUAAAUUAAAUGAAAUAAUAAAGCUUGUUCUAAAGUCAUACUAGGUACAUAUGAAGUCCACAGGAGCACAUGUGGCUCCUUUCUGUGGUAUUGUGUAGAGCAGAUUUAGACCUAGUUUUAAUAGAGAUGGGGGUCUUCCUGUUGCUCAGGCUGGUCUUGAACUCCAGAGCUCAAGUGAUUGUCCCAUCUCGCCUCAGAGUGCUAGGGUUACAAGUGGGAGCCACUGUACCCAGCUAGGAGUUCAUGGUUUUGAGCAAACUAACCUGCAUACAAGCUUUGGUUCACCAAUCUUUCUUUUUUUUUUUUUUAGAGACGGAGUUUCACUUUGUCGCCCUUGGUAGAGUGCCAUGGUGUCACAGCUCACAGCAACCUCCAGCUCUUGGGCUUAGGUGAUUCUCUUGCCUCAGCCUCCCGAGUAGCUGGGACUACAGGUGCCCACUACAACGCCCAGCUGUUUUUUUUUUUUUUUGUUGUUGUUGUUUUUGCAGUUUGGCCAGAGCUGGGUUCAAACCCACCACCCUUGGUAUAUGGGGCCGGCACCCUACUCACUGAGCCACAGGCGCCUCCCUGGUUCACCAGUUUUUAAGUAGCUGAUUUUGAACCUGUUAGUGUCAUCUGAAUGGAUGAGGAUUAACUAUUAAACAGGGGUAACUUCUAUUGUGAAGUACUGUCAUGAUAAUUAAGUGAGCUUAUACAGAGAGUGCCAAAAAAGUACACACAUUUUAAGAAAGGGAAAAACUAUUAAAAUUGUACUUAAUAUACUGAUGACAAAAGAUGACUACAAAUCACGUUUGACUUCUGCAGUUAUAAGAGGUGCUGUGAAGGUCAUGCUGCACAUUGCUACCAUAAUUCAAUUUAACUUCAAAAAGUAAUACAUAGGCUUGGCACCCAUGGCACAGUGGUUAUGGCGCCAGCCACAUACACUGAGGGUGGUGGGUUCAAACCCCGCCUUGACCAGCUAAACAACAAUGACGGCUGCAACAAAAAAUAGCUGGGCGUUGUGGCGAGUGCCUGUAGUCCCAGCUACUUGCGAGUCUGAGGCAAGAGAAUCACUUAAGCCCAAGAGUUUGAGGUUGCUAUGAGCUGUGAUGCCACAGCACUCUACCAAGGGCAAUGUAGUGAGCCUCUGUCUCAAAAAAAAAAAAAGUAAUACAUAGAUAACAUCUUUUAAAUGUGCAUACUUUUUUUUUUUUACAUUUUGUAUAUAUAAGGCUCCUACUGAGAUGUUUGACAUAUACUGUUGUUCAGUAGAAGAUUACCAAUGCUUAUGGAGUACUCUGGUUUUUUAGUAGCUAUCACAUAUAUCAUCUGUAGAGAGAAUAUUAAUGUGUGGUGUUUGACCUUAUGAUCAAUGGUUAAUAUGAAAUAUGUAGAUGUUCCUGUAUCAAGCGGAAUGGCGAUUGUGUUAUCCAUUUAGAUUCAUAAGUUUCUGUGAAGUGGUCUUGACAUCAAAGAAAGGAGUAUUGAGGCAGAUUUCAUUGACAUCUGAAUGGCAGCCAUUAAUUUUUGUCCCAUGGUGAGUUCUGUUGUUUUUUAAAGGACUCUGCCUUGGGUACCCCCUAUACAAUAGAACCCUAUGGUAUGGGGCUGAGCAGUCUUGGCCCGGGUUUGUUUCAGUGGUGCUGGAGUGGGCUAGAGAAUGUUGCUUUGGGAGAGGUGCUGCCUAAUCUCUUUCGUAAGUAUCAUCACCUUGGGUAAAUUAAGACUCACAUUUCUCAGGACUUAACUUUCCUUACCUUUAAGUUGAGAUUGUUGCUCUUUUCCUUAGGGAUAGAGGUAUAGUUCACCAUUCCUCUCUGGAACUUGAGGUGAGACAGACUUCUCUGACCUUGUAUGGCAGUAGGUUGUUCAUAUGUGUUUGUUUUCUGGAAUGUGCAGGAUUACAUGGGAAUUACAUACUGGGAUGGAGUGACUUCCAGAUAGCGUGAAUGUGGAAAUUACAGUCAACUCUGGGUUCUCAUGCCUUUUUUCUUUUUCAGGAAGUUACUUUUCUCGGGUCUUCAUCUUCUGCCUUCAUGGAAAAAAGUUGAAGGCUGCAAGGAUGAUGGGUAACUGAUAAAAGUGCAUAAAUGACAUAAAAAAUGUCAUGCUUUGUAUCCAGCUGGUAGACACAUUUGCUUCUGGAUUAAUUGGUCUUCAGAGCUUCUUGAAACAAAACCUCAAGGAUUUUGAGUCCCCUGUUGAAUUUAUUGGUAGACUGAAGGCUAUAUAUUAAUUAGUUGUCGUUGUUCAGCUGGCCUGGGCCAGGUUUGAACCUGCCAGCCUUGAUGUAUGUGGCCAGCGCCGCAAACACUGUGCUACAGGUGCCGAGCCAUGUUUGUCUGUGUUUUAACAAGACCUCCAGAUAAAUCUGAUUCACUCCUAAGUUGAGAACCACAGGAUAUCAGCUGUUUAAGCCCAGUCUGAUCUCUUGGUUAGAGGAAAAGGAAUUGCAAGAAGAGAGAUCCAAGAAUGGCAACUUAAACCAAAGUAUCAGCACUUCAGCAGGAUAUUUUUUGGUUAAAAACAUCAAAUUGCAUACAAAUGGCAGAAAGCCACAAUGAAGGGGAACUCUCUGACUAUAAGCAACCUGGAGAAGUCUUCCAUGAACACCCAUGCUUUCAGACACACACUAUAACUCAAAAUACAAGAAACACUUAUGACUGUAAUCAGAAUGGAGAAAACUCUCCUUUGUGCAAGAAAACCACUACUGGAGAGAAGUGGUUUAGUCAGUGUAGAAAAGCCUUCAGCCUUCCACCAGAUGAUGAUGUUCACCAGGGAAUGUGCUUGGAAGACAAAUCCUUUGAAUGCAGUGACUUUGAGCAAGCUUUUGUUAAUCAGCCAUACCUUCAGGCACAUGGGAUUGCACCUGAUGGAGAAAAACUCUAUGAGCAAGAGCCAUGUGAGGGAGCUUUUACUUACUCCACAAGCCAUGCUAUGUCUCUUCCAAUGUGUACUGUGCAAAAACCCUACGAAUGUAAGGAAUGUGGAAGAUUCUUUAGAUGUAUUUCAUACCUUAAUAGUCACAUGCGAACCCAUACUGGGGAGAAACGCUAUGAAUGUAAGGAAUGUGGAAAAUGUUUCACUGGUUCUUCACACCUAGUUGAACAUGUAAGAAUUCAUACUGGAGAGAAACCCUAUGAAUGUAAGGAAUGUGGAAGAGCCUUCACUGGGCAAUCAGGCCUUACUAAACAUGUACGAACACACACUGGAGAGAAGCCCUAUGAAUGUAAUGAAUGUGGGAAAGCAUACAAUAGGCUUUACCUACUAACUGAACAUUUUAAGACUCACACAGAGGAGAAGCCCUUUGAAUGUAAGGUAUGUGGAAAAUCAUUUAGAAGUUCCUCGUGCCUUAAGAAUCAUGUUCGAAUUCACACUGGAAUCAAACCUUAUAAGUGUAAGGACUGUGGGAAAGCCUUCACUGUUUCCUCAAGCCUACAUAAUCACAUAAAAACUCACACUGGUGAGAAGCCCUAUGAAUGUAAGGAAUGUGGGAAAUCUUUCGCUACAUCUUCACAACUUAUUGAACAUAUAAGAACACACACUGGAGAGAAACCGUACAUAUGUAAGGAAUGUGGCAAAACCUUCCGUGCUUCUUCACACCUACAAAAACAUGUUAUAAUUCACACUGGAGAGAAACCUUACAAAUGUACAGAGUGUGGGAAAGCCUACAAUAGAUUUUAUCUGCUAACUAAACAUUUAAAAACACACUGAAAAAACUCUUUGAAUGUAAGUAAUGCAGAAAAUCCUUUAGAAGAAUUUCUCACACCUCAGUUAUCACAUCCAAGUUCACAUUGAGGAGAAAUCUAUUGGUAUUAAAGAAUGUGGGAAAGUCUGCAGGCAUCCCCCUAUACUUCAAAGACAUAAAAGAACUGAGAGUCUCAGGAUCCUCCAUGGAUUUUAAGAAAGUAGGAGAGCUACUAGAAUCUAUCUGGGGUUUUUUGUUUGUUUGAAAAUACACAUUCUUCUCAUUGCAAUCUAAUCACAAUGAAGCAAUUAAGAACUCACCCUGGAGCCAUACAGUGUAGGAAACAGGGACUACCUUCACCUAUUUUUUUGGGUCUUAACUAAAUAUGUGGGAUCACAAGCAUGCCUUAGAGAAUGUGGGUUCACGUUUUCAGACAAUUGCAAUAAACUAAAUAUUGCAAUAAAGUGAGUCAUACAAAUUUUUGGCUUCUCAGUACAUACAUGUUACAUUUACAGUGUGUGUGAAGGCAUUAUGUCUAACAAACAACAUACUUAAAAAUGUUAAUGAUUAUCUGAGCCUUCAUUGUGUCAAAAAUUUUCUUGCUGGUAUGGAGUGUUGCUUUGAUGUUGAUGGCAGCUGACAGAUUGAGGUGGUGGUUGCUGAAGAUUGGAGAUGGAUGUGGCAGUUAAUUAAAGUAAGAAUGAAGUUUUAUUUUUUUCUUUUUCUUUCUUUUUUGAGAGAAGAGAGUCUUACUAUGUCCCCCUUGGUAGAGUGCUGUGGCAUUACAGCUCAUAGCAACCUCAAACUCUUGGGCUUAAGUGAUUCUCUUGCCUCAGCCUCCCAAGUAUUUGGGACUACAGGCACCCACUACAAUGCCUGGCUAUUUUUUGUGUGUGCGUUUAGCAGGCUGGGGCUGGGUUGAAACCCACCAGCCCCAGUGCAUGUGGCCAGCGCCCUAACCACUGAGCUAUGGGCACCCAGCCAAAGAAAAGGACUACAUUUCUUUAGAUAUAUUAAUCAAAAUAUAAAUUUAGGAAAAAAGUCAUUUUGUAUGAGAAAGAAUCUUGGCAUGGUAAAUUUUUGUCCUCUGGUAGAGUCUUUGAUUCCAAUAUAAAAAUAAUUACAGGACUAAGACUAGGGAAUUUAAGAAAAUGAUAAAAAAAAAAAUCUUAUGUUCAGGAGGCUUUAUGCAAGACUGUCUUCUGAAAAAAAUGGUAUGUAUGAUUGGGUUGGUUGGAAUGGAAAUAAAUUGUGUAUACGUUUUUUUCCUAAACAUUAAGUGUUUGUUUUAGUGUUGUACUGACAGGACCAUAGUUUGGUUCUGUAUGAAACAAAGUUGGUUUUUUGUUUGUUUGUUUGUUUUUUGAGACGGAGUCUCAAGCUGUCACCCUGGGUAGAUUGCUGUGGUGUCACAGCUCACAGCAACCUCGAAUGUUUUUGUUGCAGUUGUCGUUGUUUUAGCUGGCCCAGGCUGGGUUUGAACUCGCCAGGUCCAGUGUAUGUGGCUGGCGCCCUACCCCCUGAGCUACAGGCUCUGCCUGUAUGAAACAAAGUUUUAUUAAUAUGUACUUAGAAGUUUUGAUUUUUAGGCUUAGGCUU